AUGGAGCAUCCAGAACUCGUGGAGUCGCCGCGAAAGCGACAGAAGACCGAAGCUGAUACCGCGACCGAUGGUGCUGCAGAAGUGCAGCCUGAGACCAACGUUCUGGCUCAAAAUUCCCAGGUGCUGAAGGAGCUCGAGGUCGGUAUCACCGAGUUCGUAACUCCUGAAAAUGAAGGAUUUUCGGGUAUUUUGAAGAAGAGGUACACCGACUUCCUGGUCAACGAAAUCCUGCCAUCCGGCGAGGUUCUGCACCUCCGAAACAUAACCGCGCCGAACUCCUCGAAGCAACAAGAUAAGGCUCCCGCUGAGCCGGAGCCAUCCACCGAGAAAAAAACGGAAGAGCCCGCGAAAGAAGAACCUCCAGCCGAAUUCUCUGUGUCGGAGGAAGACAACGUGUUGCUCGGAGAAUACCUUGGCAAUGACAAUGCUGCGACCGUUAUCGCCCUGCACAAGCGCGCCAUGUCGAACCCGAAGUUGAGACCUGCGGAUAUCGGCCAGGUGACGGUGUCUGUCUCGGAUCGGGAUGUGCGAACCAAGAUCCAUCAGACCAUCCGUCGUGUGUUCAGAUCGCAGCUUGAAUCCUCCACCGACUCUGAGGGCAACCUCGCCAUCACGGCUGCCAACAAUCGCUUCAAUCGUAAACCUCAGGGACGUGCUGCCCGCGGUGGCCGUGCCGCGGACGGUGGUCGCAUGAGCUGGGACGAACUCGGUGGACCAUACCUGCACUUCACGAUUUAUAAGGAGAAUAAGGAUACCAUGGAAGUGAUUUCCUUCCUUGCGCGCUCGCUGAAGAUGAACCCUAAGGGCUUCCAGUUUGCCGGUACCAAGGACCGACGAGGCGCGACCGCUCAACGGGCCUGCAUUCUCCGUGCUCACGCGGAUCGCCUCGCGAGUAUGAACAAGGGUCUUCGGAAUGCCGUGCUGGGUGACUUUGAGUACCGCAAGCAUGGUCUCGAACUUGGAGAUCUAAAUGGAAACGAGUUUGUGAUCACGCUCCGUGAUUCUGAAAUUCCCGGUGUGGACCUAAAAGACCCCCAGGCCGCCAUCGCCAAGACCAACGAACUUGUCGGCACCGCUCUGAAGAACGUUUGUGAGCGAGGAUACUUCAACUACUACGGCCUCCAGCGCUUUGGUUCCUUCUCCACCCGUACCGAUACCAUUGGUGUGAAGAUUCUGCAGGACGACUUCAAGGGAGCAGUCGAUUCGAUCCUCUACUUCGCCCCGCACGUUCUCGCUGCAGCGAAGGAUGGCGAAGCGUCUACGGCGUUGAUUAGCUCGGAUGACAAGGCGCGUGCCGAGGCCAUUGAUAUCUUCCACACCACCGGUAAAAUCAACGAUGCUUUGGCUAAGCUGCCGCGAAAGUUUUCUGCUGAAGCAAGCCUCAUUCGUCACCUGGGCAAAGCGAAGUCUGACUACCUCGGUGCGCUACAAACGAUCCCGCGCAACCUGCGCUUGAUGUACGUGCAUGCAUACCAAUCCCUGGUGUGGAACUACGCUGCCAGCCAGCGCUGGCGACUUUAUGGCGAUAAGGUAGUUGAGGGUGAUCUGGUUAUUGUCCAGGAGCACCGCGACAAGGAAGCCAAUGCAGUGGCUGAGCCUGCCGGUGACAUCGACGCGGAUGGCGAGGUCAUUAUCAAGCCUCAGGGCGAGGACAGUGCCGCUGCCGCGGAAGAUAUGUUCACCCGGGCGCGAGCCUUGACAGCCGAAGAGGUUGCGGGCGGAAAGUACUCGAUCUUCGAUGUGGUUCUUCCUCAGCCUGGCUUUGAUGUCAUCUAUCCCGCCAACAAGAUGACCGAUUUCUAUCGCGAGUUCAUGGGCAGCGAGAAGGGCGGUGGCCUGGACCCGUUCAAUAUGCGCCGGAAGUGGAAGGACGCUAGCCUCAGUGGUGGCUAUCGCAAGCUUCUCAGCCGCAUGGGUGCCGAUUACUCCGUCGAUACUAGGAUCUACACCGAAGAUAACGAGCAGUUCGUGAAGACGGAUCUGGAAAAGCUGAAGGAAGACAGUGCCAGCGACAAUGCACCGAACCUCGAGGGUGACAAGCUGGCGAUCAUUCUCAAGUUCCAACUGGGGUCGAGCCAGUAUGCGACCAUGGCCCUCCGAGAGCUGACCAAGGGCAAGAUCCAAGAGUACAAGCCCGAUUUUGGCGGCGGCAGAUAA